AUGGGGAAUAGUAAUAGCAAAAAUAUUCAAUUCUUUUUACAAAACAUUAGCGAAAAUAGUUUAAAAGAAAAUGAAUUAUAUGCAGAAUUACUAAAUUUAGAUGAAAAUUUUAGAAGUGGUGAUGAUUUUUAUUUAAUUAAAAAAGUUGUAGACAAUUCAAACAACAUAACUUUCUUAUUUAAAUUUUUAAUGAAUACUUUAAGUAAAGUUCUUCAAGAUGCAAAUAAUAAUUAUUUACAUGAAUGUAAAAUAUGCAUAAAAAUUUUUCUUUGCUUAUUUCCUGUUAUUCAGUAUAAUUAUAAUAAAAAAGAGAUUUUUAAUUUGAUGUGGAAGAAAAAUUAUUUUGAAAAUUUGAAUGAACAUAGUUAUAAUUGUAAUAAUAUACUAAUUCUUCAUAUUUUUAAUUUUUUAUUAAUUCUUUUAUUCACUGAAAAUGUAUGUAUAAAAAAAAGUAAUAAAAAAUCAGGAAAGGUUUUAGUAAAAAAUACUAUUGAUAUAUAUAAACUUUGGUUUAAUAAAUUUUUAAUUCAUGAGAAUACAGAAUAUAAUGAUAAUAAAUUUACAAAUUUAAGUAAUAAAAAUGAUCAAAUAAUUUUAAAUGAUAUAAAUUAUAUUAAAGAUGAAAAAAGAAAAAACUCAUUAAAUGUAGAUAAAUGGUGCAAUAAUGAUUUUAACUCUAAAAUGCUAAAUAAUAAUAAAGAAAAAUAUGAAUUAAAUAAUAGCAAAAAUAUAUUAGAUUCAUCUAAUGAAAAAAUAAAAAAAUAUGUAUUUGUGAAUGAUUCUAAUUAUGUAAAUUGUUCUAUUUCAGUUGACACAAAUAGUUCUCAAAAAAAAAUGAAUAGGGUAACUUUAUAUAAUGAUAUAGAUUUAGAAUUAAUUAAAAAUAGAAUAGAAAUUUUAAAAUGCUUACUAAUAUUACUAAGUUCUUAUAUGUAUUAUGAUGAUAAUAGUUUUUUAAAAGAAAAAAAUUUAUAUUUAUUUUUAUUUACUAGUGGAGAAGUUUAUUUUACAUCUAAUUUUUUUUUGUCAUUGUUAAAUACUAUAUUUGAAAACGAAUUUAACUACUUCAAUUUUUUUUUUUAUAAUGAUAUAUAUUUAGAAUUUUAUAAUUUAUGCAUUAUAAUUCUGAAUAUAUUAAUUGAUUUUAGUCCGUUCACUUUAGAAGAUAAAAAAAAAGUUCAUUAUAUGAAUAGUGCAGCAAAAUUCUUUUAUAAAUCAAGAAGAAUUUUUUAUAUGAAAAAAGCAAAUAAUAAUAAGAAGAAUAACAAAGAAAAUGGGAAAAAAAAAGAACAUCAAAAAGAUUUACAUAAAUUAUUAAAUGAUAAAAAAAUGUUCUUAAAUAUUAAAAAUACUCAAGUAAAUGAAAAUAAAAAUCAUAAGAUGACUGGAAAUAUUUUAUGUAAAGAAAAAGAAAAAGAAAAAGAAAAGAUAACUCAAUCAAAAAGAAAUAGCGAAGAAAGCAUUAAAAGUUCAUCCUCUUUUGAAACUAUUAUAUAUAAUGAUACAUCUGAUGAGUCAUCUUCUAGUAGUAAAAAUAUAGAAAAUGAAAAUAAUGAAAAUAUCAAUUUAGAUUUAAAUGAAAAUAAGAAAGAGUUUAAUAAUUUAGAAAAUGAAUUAGAGAAAAAGGAAAAAUAUAUAAAGAACGAAAAGAAAAAAAAUAAUUGUUAUAUUUAUUUAAAAAAAAAAAAUAAAGUAGAAAAAUUUUAUACUAACAAUGUAUAUUUGGAAAUGCUACGCAAAUUAGAAUUAAGUAAUGUAGAAUAUAUUUAUAAAGGAUCAUUAAACAUACUAGUGAGUUAUAAGUUAUAUAUUGAAAACUAUAAUGAAAAUUUACUAUUCAUAGGUAAUUACUUAUGUUUAAUAUGGAAUAUUAUGAAUAAUAAUAAGCUUUUCAUUAAAUAUAUGAAAAAAAAUAAUAGUAAUAUUUUUUUAUUUUACAUACUGUAUAUAUUGUUGUGCUUUAAUAAUCAAAGAAAAAAGGAAAUACAAGCACAUGCAAAUGUUAAAAAGAAUGAAAUAAUUACUAUUGAUAAUAAAAACGUAAAUGAAGAAAAAUUUAUUUAUAAUAAUGAAAAUUUUAAUCAUUCUAAUAAAUGCAAUGAAUUUAAUAUUCGAAAAAUUGAUGGUAUAAUUUAUAUUUGCUUGUUCAUUAUAUUAAAAAUAUCGUCUAAAUCAACUAUUUGUAAGAAAUUAAAUCAAAUGUAUGAUAAAAAAAUUAAAUUACAUUUUUUAAAAAAUAUAGAUCAAUUUGAUAAUUAUGUAGAUUUUUUAGUAUUUGUCUUAUAUACAUUAAUUAAUGAUAAUAUUUAUUUUUUAAAGUUUGAACGAAUAAUAGAUAUGUCUAUUACUAUUUUAACUAAUAUAAGUGUUUAUAUUAAGUCAAUGAAUACAUACUCGUGUGAAUGCAUAAUUAAUAUUUUAAAGAAAAUUUUAAAAAAGGAGUGGAUAUUAUCUUCUCAGCACCAUUUUUAUUCGCUAUUUCUCUUAUUAGAUUUUAUAAAUAAUAUUUUGUCAUAUAAUUUAAAUGACAAUUAUAAUUUAAUUUAUAUGAUUAUAAAGAAUAAAGAUGUUUUCUUUUCUAUUCAUAAUUUACAUGAUAUCUUAAAAAAUAAUUAUAUAUGUGAUUCCCCCAAAUUAAAAGAUUACUGGAUACCUACAAAAAGUUGGUUAAUUAAUUGGAGAAAUAAAUUACCUUUACACUUUAUUAACAGUAUAAUUUAUGAUUUAGCAAGUUUGGUUGAAGAAGAAUGUGAUGAAAAAGAAAUAUUAGAAUACACUGAAGUAGUAAAUUUAAUUAAAAGCCAUUGUGCAACAAUAGAAAAUAAAAAGAUUCCGUUUAUAAUAAGAAAAUAUGAAAAAAAUAUUCUUUUAUCAAAAUGGUUUACUAAUUAUUUAUACUUUCUUAUGUUUUUUCAUACAUACAAACAAAAUCUUUUUAUAACUAAUGGUAUCAAAUUUAUUUUUUAA